UUAUCAGCUUUUUCAAAUAUUUUUUUUGGUUUGUUUUCACUUUGGGGAUACGAGGGUGUGAUUUUCAUAAAUUCGUAGGAGAAAUUGGGGAUUUUUCAUUUUCAGAAUUUCCAAAAUAUGCAUUUAGUCUUCGGAUCUUAACCGAUUUUCUUACUUGAUGUUCUAUCAUAAUUUUUUUAGGUUAUAAUGCCAACAUGUUACAUUAGCAAUUGUCCAAGUCGGACUUACAAGGGAGAAGUAAAAUUGAAAUAUUUCUGUUUUCCUAAGGCGAAACAACUUAGACAAGAAUGGUUGAAAGCAUGUAAAAUGUUAGGAAAAGAUGUUAAUGUUGAAUAUGCUAGAGUGUGCCAAAAACAUUUUAAAGAUGAAUGUUUCGAGAAUAAAUGGACGAAACCAAGGGAUAAAUCUAAACAAGGCCAAUUAGUGAUGAAGUUGAAGAAAGAUGCAGUACCAUCUAAACUAUUAGUUUGUAAGAGAAAAGUGAGAGAUAAGGAAACUUACCGAAGGAAACCUAAACCUAAAAGAAUCAAACAUGAAGGAAGAACUGGUGUUCCCACUUACAGAGAACUAGUGGACUCUAUUGUACAGAAAAAUACAACUUCUGAAAAUUUCGUAAUCUUAGAAGUUUAUAACUCACCAGAAAAAUCAGAACUGGAAGAAUUGGAAGAACCAGAAGAAGUAUUUUAUGACUCAAAAUUAUCUAUCAUUAAUUAAAAUGGCU